AUGAAGAAAAAGCCGAAACGGAAAAAGAAGAGGCAAGGAGAAAAGGAGACGGCCAGGGACGCGUGUGAGUUAGCACGGAGAGGAGAAAAGGAAGUGAGGUCGACAAAGAACGAAGGAAAGGAGCAGCAGAGGAAAAACGGAAGACGUAGGAAGGGAGAAGAGAGGAGACGAACUGACACGACGAGUAAAGGAGAACAGAGAGGAGAGAGGCGAGGCAGAGGUGGAGAGAGAGCCAGGCGAGACAGUGGCCCGCUGGAGCAGGGCCAAAACACACCCGUGGCUACGCACCGGAGCCAGGGAAUACGGGAAUGA